CCAAUGGCGGUCGCCACCAUUCAAUUCCAUUCCAGCCAGCGCAAGGCAGCUGCUAGCUAGUGUUGGCUACGUCCUCUGCUCUCAUCUCACUCGGAAGCUGAGGUGAAGGUAGUGCGGCAGCUAGCGAGCAGCGACAAUGGCGGCGAGCAACGGCGGCGCGCCCCUGGUGGUGUUCGACUUCGACAAGACCAUCGUCGACUGCGACAGCGACAACUGGGUCGUCGACGCGCUCGGCGCCACCGACCGCUUCGACGAACUCCUGCGCCACCUCCCCUGGAACCACGCCAUCGACGCGAUGAUGGGGGAGCUGCACGCGGAGGGCAGGAUGGCGGAGGACGUCCGGGCCUGCCUCCGGGCGGCGCCGCUGUCCCCGCACGUCGCGGCCGCCAUCAGGUCCGCGCACGCGCGCGGGUGCGAGCUGCGGGUCCUCAGCGACGCCAACGCCUUCUUCAUCGACGCCGUCCUCGCGCACCACGGCCUCGCCGGCUACUUCGCCGGCACCGACACCAACCCAGCCCACGUCGACCCCGCCGGGCGCCUCAGGAUCCGCCCCUACCACGAGUUCGCCGCCCCAGCCCCCGGCCACGGGUGCGCGCUCCCCUCCUGCCCGCCCAACAUGUGCAAGGGCAAGGUGAUGGAGCGGAUCCUCCUCCAAGAAGAGGAAGCGGCGGCCGCGGCGAGGAGGCGGCGGAGGGCCGUGGUGUACCUCGGCGACGGCCGGGGCGACUACUGCCCGUCCCUGAAGCUGCGCGAGGGCGACUACGUGAUGCCGAGGGCAGGGUACCCCGUCUGCGACCUCAUCGCGGCCUCGCCGCCGGCCGCCGCCGUGCGCGGGUGGGACGGCUUCGAGGACCUCGCCAGGGUGCUGCUCGGCAUCGUCGACGCCGAGAUUGCCCGCGCCGUGGCGGAGCAGGGUGAUGCCGCCGCCGCCACGACGAACGUCGUCGUGCCGGACUGCCGCGCGCUGCCGCUGCCGCUGCCGGCGCGUCAGGAGGCGGCGCUCCUCCCGCAGGCGGUCCGCGUGCCCAACUGAUCGGUGGCGCGAAGGCGUGCCAGCAAAUAACUCCAUCCUCCAUUGAUGAUUUACUAGGAGAUGACGCAGGGAUUCUGCCUGCAGCAUCUGCUGCUUCGCCUCAAACUGAAAGUCUUUCAGUGUGUACCAUGAUAUAUACUGUACCAUCCGGAGCCAACAUGUUCUCAUGUUGUUCGUUUCUAAAGGGCAUGUCUAUUGAAUAAGUAAGCAGGUGUUUUUGUUCCUCUCA